CUUGAAUUUCUUUUGUAUUCGGUAAUUUGACAUGGAAGUGGUGGGGGCAGUUGUUGGUUCAGCUCUAACCGAGCCUUUUAGAUUUCUAUUCAGAUCCAUCUAUGUUAGGAUUAAGAAUGUUUUGAAGAUCCAUUCAAAUUACAAGGAUUUUGAGAAAAACAUGGAAGCUCUAUUGGAACUCAAGCAGCUCCUAGAUGAUGAUGAGCUGCAGCAACACUUACCAAGAACUCAAGUGCGAGAUUGGUUGAAGAGGGUUGAAAAAUUGCAGAAUGAGUUUGAUUCUGUGCGGUCAACUAUUACACGGAAUGGCAAUACUAAUGGUGCCUCUGGUUGCAUGUGUUCACUGGAUUGCCAAUUGAGCAAAAAUAUAGCGAAAGGGCGGGUGAAAGUUAAAAAACUGAUUGGAGAUGGCAGAGCCUUUGAGAACAACAUAGUGGGGGUUAAUCCUGUGCCUAAAACAGUCGAGUAUAUUCCCCAAGCAACAUUAUUCGAAGGUCAAGCAACAGCAAAAAGAAAUUUGGAGAAGCUGAAGGGUUUGCUGAUGAGAAAUGAAAAGGCUAAGAUGAUUGGGGUAUGUGGCAUGGGAGGUGUGGGUAAAACUACUUUGGUCAAGAAUGUGAACAAUGAGCUCAGUAAGGACCCAACAAAUCAGGAUUUCGACAUUGUAAUAUGGGUUGUUGUGUCUCAAAAUGCAACUGUAGAAAUCAUCCAAUCAAAAAUUGCUAAGCGUUUGCAUUUGGCAAUGAAUAAAGAAGAGAGUGAAGAGAGGGCAGCCAGUCGUUUGUACAACAAACUUAAGGGAAAAAGAUUUCUCUUAAUUCUUGAUGAUAUAUGGGAAGGAGUUGAUCUGAAUGCUGUAGGUAUUCCUCCACUUGAAGACGAUAUUGGUAGCAAGGUCAUACUAACCACUCGAAAUUUUCAUGUAUGCCAAGAAAUGUCUACUGAUAUUGAGUUCGAAAUAGGUGGUUUGAGUGAUGAAGAAGCUUGGGAGUUAUUUUCUCAGAGAGUGGGGGAAGAAGUGAUCAAUGAUGACCAAAUUAAGCCGUUGGCAAAGGCCAUUGUUGAGGAAUGCAAUGGAUUGCCCCUAGCACUAAUCACAGUAGGGGCAUCAUUGAGGAAAAAGACAGAGGUUGCACUGUGGAAAGGUGCAUUAGACGCCUUGCAGAAAUCAGAGCCUACUCAUAUUCAAGGUGUUGAAGAAAAGGUGUAUAAACCCCUCAAGUGGAGCUAUGAUUCUUUAAAAGGUGAGCAGUUGAAAUCUUGCUUUUUGUUUUGCUGCUUGUAUCCAGAGGAUUUUGAAAUUGAUACUGAUAGACUAGUCCAAUAUUGGCUAGCUGAAGGUUUACUUGAUGAGCACCAAAACUAUGAGCAAUUACAAAAUGAUGUUAAACGCAUUGUUGACUGCUUAAUAAGCUCUUGUUUGUUAGAAAAGUGUGCAGUAGGCAUUGAUAAAGUGAAGAUGCAUGAUGUAGUUCGUGAUGUUGGGGUAUGGAUAGCAAAAUCUUCAGAAGACUGGUGCAAAUCUAUUAUCAAUUCUGGAAUUACCGAGAUGCAGAUCUCACAGCAACUAUUGAGUUGUUCUGACAAAGUGAAGAGAGUAUCUUUUAUGCAUAGCAAAAUAGCAUUUUUGCCAGACUGCACCAUACAAUGUCCAGAAACAACAACUUUGUUUCUGCUAGGUAACUGGAGCCUUCAUGAAGUUCCUAACUCAUUUUUACAAGGAUUCCAAAUGUUAACAACUUUGGACCUAAGUAAAAGCAAUAUCAUGUCAUUACCUGACUCUCUUCUUCAACUUCUUGAACUUCGAGCUCUCAUUUUAAGACACUGCUAUUUACUACAUGAGUUGCCUCCCCUUGAAGUUCUGAGAAAACUUCAAAUACUUGAUUGUAGUUUUACUCCUAUUGCUAAAUUGCCAGCCGGCUUUGAAAAACUAACAAACUUAAAGAUAUUACUUCUAGCUAGCACCCUUCAGUUGAGAGAAAUUCUGACUGGAAAAUUUUGCAAGUUACAUAAGCUGGAGUUUCUGAAUAUGGAAGAUAGUGGUAUCCAAUGGGGAAGUAGGGAUACAAUUGAGGCAAAUGCACCAUUUGAGGAUUUGCUAUGCCUAAACCAAUUAAUUGUCUUAUACAUAGACUUAAAAAGCAUUCCUUGUUUCACAACCCAACAUACUUCUUGGUUCAAGAGAAUUAAAAAGUUUAGUUUUCAUGUUGAUCAUAAUGCAUAUUGGAGUAGUGAAAUUGGAAAUGAAGUGUUGUUGAGAGGCCUUCAUUUCUCAGGUGAUGAAAUGGUUGGGCUGUCGUUACUAAAUUCUCUUUGCUUUAGUAUUGACAAAUGUGAGGAAGUUGAUCUCAUGCUUGAUAACUUGGUUAGAAAUAGUGCCAGCCUUGGUCCCUUUGUUAACUUGAAGAAACUAAGUAUCCAAUCUUGUUGCAUAUUUGGGAAACCAUCGUCCUUGGGGAAAUGUGUUGUACAAAUGGACUUGUUACCUAAUUUAGAGUUCCUUAGUUUCUUUGCGGUGAGUGGAUUGGAAACCCUUUCAAGUAUCAGCAAUUUUCUUGGGCUAGGUUUCACUAAGCUAAAAGAAAUAGAAGUUUAUUACUGUGAUGAUUUGGAAAAUCUACUAGUAAUGGAUGGAACUCGCCAAAAGCUUGAAAAAUUGGAAACAAUCUAUAUAGAUGGAUGUGAGAAAUUGACACAAGUGUUCAUGAACACACUUAAGGACAACAUUGUUCCGAACCUUCGGACUCUGUUCUUGUGUGAACUUCCUGCACUAAAGGGAAUAUGCAAUGCAAAUGUAUCAUGGGAAAGUCUAGAACAACUUGAAGUGAGAGAGUGCAAUAUGUUGGGGAAACUGCCUCUUGGUAUGCAAAGUGCAGAAAGUAUUCAAUUGAUACAGGGUGACCAAGAUUGGUGGGAUGAACUGGAAUGGGAUACUGAAAAUUUCAAAGAGCAUCUACAACCACACUUUAAUGCAUGGAAAAGUUAGAGAUGCAAAAGCUUCAGAGUUCAGAUUACCUCAACAUGACUCAGGUAUUCUUCCUCUCUCCUGCUUCCAAUCAUCUAAAAUAUGCAUAACAACUCCGAAAGGAGUGGCCAAGUGGGUGAAUCAUGGGUCACGAGCUCAAUUCUUGCCAAUACCAUCUCGAUUGAGUUAGUCGCACACAAGAGCAGGAUUUACCCCACACCCUUGGAUAGUGGUUGCAGGUUUACCUUGUCACGAAAAAAAAUGCAUAACAGUGAAAAUGAAGUUUGCAGACCUUUUACUCUGUUUAUAGCUGUGUUUUUACUACAAUAAUGGAGGGUGAAGAGGAUUGCAAUUGCUAAGGCUAAUCCAGCCAUAAUAGUUGACAAGAUUGAGAAUGUUUUCGAUUGUUUUACAGGUAGGAUUUUCAAUUGUUCCAUUUUCUUAAUUUCCACUAUUUUGUAUUUUAUUCUUAUAUUUAUGAUUGAUGUGUGUAUUAGUGGAUUUUAAUGGUUGGAUACUUGGAUGUAUGUAUAAUUGUAUAUAGCUAUGGGUGUCUUGAUAUGUGCCUGCUCUUAUGUUUUAUGUUUACAUUAUGUAUUGAACAAUAUGAGUUUUGGAGUAAUUUAUAUGAUUAUUAACUAUCGAUUUACGGAUUAA